UAACUUUAGUAAUACUGUAAUAUAAGUUCAAGCAACAGUAUUGAAGUCUACUUGGAUAACUGAGAGAGCAGACGCUAUAGAAAAGAAAUCAAUAACUGCGAUGAUAAUUCCUUUUCUCGCUUCCAUACUGGCUGCGCCUUUUUGUGUGACAGCCACACAUAGUCUUGCAGAUGUACAUAUCAGUAGUCCUGAGGCCCCGCUUGGCCAUGUGAGUGGUAUAUAUAUACCGAGCACGCCCCAAAAUAGUGUGCGAAAUGAGCGAUUAAUUGCUGGUACAUUCACCAACGAUUGUGAGAUUGAACUCUCCUCUAAAGAUUUGAAUUCGACCUGGGUGCUCUUUGUCGAAUAUAGUGACAAUUGUUCAAUAGAAAAAGCCCUGAGCACCGAAGCGGCGGGAUUUAUAUUCAUCAGUUCCCUUACUGCAUCCGAAGGCAAUAUUUAUGGAUCAGCAGUGCCGAGUGUGUUGAUUAGUAGCUCAUCGGGAAAGGAGCUGUCAGAAGCCAUCAACAGGACUGCACAACCAUUGUUCGCGACCUUCUUAGAAUUCAGCAAGCCCCUGAAAAUAAUGACUCCGUCGCACGUUUCUAAAACUUUAUUUGAUAUAGGUAUAGUACUAGGUGUUGUAUUGUUUCUAAGUGUCUUGCUGGCGUUGACUAUUUGGACCCGCAAAAAGAGGCGGAAUGCCAUUGUGGCAGCCGUUGUUGACAGCGAGAAAAGACAAGAGAGAAAAACAGCAGACGCUCUGAAAGCUUUACCAAUCAUCGAGUACAAGUAUAAACCUCAAAAAGAUCAAAUGAUAGCGAGAAGGACGUCACCACCCUAUAAACAGAUCCCAGGUAAAGUGUAUGUUCAUCCAAGACAGUCCACAUGCAUAGACGUGGAUAGUACUGUUCCGAAAGAUAAGAUCGAAGAAGAAGAAGCGGACUGUUGUGCCAUUUGUUACGAUGAUUUCGCAAACGGGGACACUCAGCGGCAACUACCAUGUGAUCACAGUCGUAUGUUUCAUCUAGGCUGUGUUGACAAAUGGUUGCUGUUGAAUCGAAAGUGCCCAAUAUGUAAGAUGAACUUUAUGUAUCCAAGUGGGGUUGGAAGAUAUAAGAAGGCGACAAACACGGAUGGCACUGAAAUCGAUAUUGAAUCAGGUAUCCAAACUUCACUAAGGUAGUGUAAAACAUCUGGUCGAAAGAUUGACAAUAGGCAUCACACGUUUCACUACUGCAGUGCAGUAUAUGUAAUAUUACGAUGUUUCAAGAUAGAACGUCUAAGAUCAUUGUACUGACGGAUACGGGUUUGCAGAGUAUCCUAGUACUAAGGCACAUGAUAGUCACGCUAAAGAAACUCUUUAUAGUAGAUAAUAAACGCAUCGUUGAAUAUUGAGG